UAAUGGGAAAACUGAAACUUCUGUUUUAAAAUCAAUUCCUGGUUUUGCAUUAAGUGGGUGCUGUCAGACGCAAAAACUUUAUAUAUGUUGUACAUGUUGGCAAACAUCAACCUUGUAUUUCCUUUUAAUAGAAAUCAUUUAUUUUCAUUAAAAAUAAAAAAACACAACUAGAGGUCCUCAUACCAUCCAGAACAUAAUCCUGACAAUCUGAGUCCAGUAAGUGAGGGCAGGUCUAACACUACUCUGUGCUCACUCCUGUCCUGUCAAGUCUGCAGCAUAAAAACAGAGAGGAAGGGGUUACAGAGCAGCCUGCAGUGAUUGAAUGAAGACCCAACACAGCACAGCAGACUCAGGGAGGAAGAUUAAUCAUGCAGAGUGAGGACAUGCCCCCUCUAUAGCACAGAAUGACAAACCAAGUGAGCAACAGAAAGAAGACUGUUCCUUUCAAGCAACCAAUUUAUGGCGGUCUGCGGAUUGGCAUGUCGGUUCACAUUCAGGGAGUAGUCCCUCAUCAUGUUAACAGGUUCCAUGUAAACUUUUCAUGUGGUCAGCACCAUGGAGCAGAUAUUGCUUUCCACUUUAAUCCCCGCUGGGAUGGGAAGGACAAGGUGGUGUUUAACAGUUUACAAAGUGGGUCAUGGGGACACGAAGAGAAAAAGAAAGAUAAGUUCCCCUUUCAUAAAGGCGGGCACUUUGAUCUGGCGUUUUUUGCCAAUCUUGGAGGCUUCCAGGUCAAUGUAAAUGGUUCCCACUUCUAUGAUUUCAAUCACAGGAUUCCUCUCGAGAGGGUGGACUGUGUUCAGGUGGAAGGAGAUGUGAACAUCAGAUGUUUGAGCAUUGUUGGAGGAGGAGGAGGUGGGGGCCCCAUGGUGACUCCUUCCUUCCCAUCAGCUGGGGGCCCCAUGGUGACUCCUUCCUUCCCAUCAGCUGGGGUGAUGCCACUGCCAGUAUAUCCAGCCAUGACCCUGCCUGCAAUGGGAGGACCUGUCUAUAAUCCGCCCAUUCCUUACCAUGCAAGCAUACCCGGAGGAGUGACACCUAAGAAAACCUUUGUGAUUAGAGGGUUCCUGCCAAUGGGAAGCCAACAGUUCCAUAUAAAUUUUAAAACAGUAACUGGUGAAAUAGCGUUUCACUUCAAUGUCCGUCUUUAUGAGUUUACAGUAGUAAGGAACAGCUUUCUUGGUGGCUCCUGGGGCCCAGAGGAGAGACAAAUGGUAGACAACCCCUUUAUGGCUGGGCAGUCUUUUGAUAUCUCCAUCCGCUGCGGCAAUGGUCGAUACAAGGUUUUUGUGAAUGGACAACCCUUCUGUGAAUAUUUUCACCGCUUCCAAGCACUCCAUAUGAUUGACUCCCUGGAGAUCGGUGGGAAUGUGUCGCUGUCACUUGUACAGUUUUAAGGAACAUCUGAAUGUGCUUUAAGGUGGACAGCAAGAUGGAUGAAGUCUGGUCUUUCUAGUAGAUGAACCAUAUUUUAAAGGGACAGAUCAGGUCAAAGAUUCUCAAACUCUGCUUUUUG